CGAUCUUUUCUUUUUCUAUGGACCCAAUUUAACUUUUAGGUUUCUGCAAAAAGGGUCACAGCUCAAAUACCACUUGUGUGUUUUUUAAAUCAAAAUUUUCCUUUUGGUGUAUUGUGAUGGGAGAUAAAUGCGGCUCAGGAAGUGUUUCGGAUCGAUCUUUUGCAAUACCCAGAUCUGAUUCAAAGGUAAUGGUGGGGGAGAAAAGGGGUAGAGUGGAAGUUGGAGAAAAAUCGGACCUUGGUCAUAAAAGAGUGAAAGUGCGAGAUCUUGAGUUUGUGUUUCGUUCUGAAGGAACAAUAGGAAGCGAUGCUUCACAGCAAGCUAUUGGCUCUGCAGCUGCUGGUGGACCUCUUGAUCUCAAUGCUGAGACUUGUGUUGCUAACAAUUUUCCAGGUGAUGAUACUCCUGAAUGUGUUGAUGAUAACAGUAGGCUGUCCUCUCCAGGAAAGCAUGAGAGAGAAUGCAAUGAUGACCAUGCAAAGUCAACAGACUUUGGCUUAUAUAUCAAUCCCAAAGGUCUUUCUAGGUCAACCAACCAUGAUCCAUUUUAUCCCUACAAAAAUAAUGAAUCUUUGAAGUUAAGAGAUGAUUUAGAGUGUGGAAGUUCGAUUGGUCCAUUGGAGGAAAAAGAUCCGAUGAGAAUUUGGAAAGAGAUGAAGCAAAACGGUUUUCUCUCAUCUUCUCAUGGAGGUGUACCAAUGCCAAAGCCACGUGGGAGGAAAAGUAAAAGUGAUGGGCUUAAGAAAAAGAUGGAGCUCGCCAAGAAAGAACAGGUCGACAGGUUUGCAAAGAUUGCUGCUCCUAGUGGACUGCUCAAUGGAUUGAACCCUGGGAUCAUAAACCAUGUAAGAAAUAGUAAACAGGUUCAUUCCAUAAUAGAGAACCUAGUAAGAUCUGAAAAACUUGAACACUGCCAUGCUGGAAGCAAACAGCCAAUCCAAACAAAGAGUGGAAAGGAAGAAUCUAGAGACAGGAACAAGGACCUGGAGAACACGAAUGGUUCAGGAAUGAAUAGAUUCACUUUCCGUAAUGAAGAUGGGUACAAUCUUUUAUCAGGUAGCAAGCGGAUUGGUGUUGGCUCAAUUUCAAUGAAUAAGUCAGUAUCUUCCAAUUCAGAGCUUACCCGGGGGGAUGGUGACUUAUGCAUGGUUGAGGGAAGGAUUUUUGGUAGAAGUACUCAUUCCUCAAUCUCCAAUCCAGGCAGCAAGGACGAUAUACUUGCCCUGAAGUUGUCAUCAUCUACUAUUGCCUCUGAGAAUACUAGCUCUUUGUCCAAUGAGGAUUCAGCAAACCUGAGCAGUGUUACUUCUCUUUCUGUUAAAGCUGCUAAUGUAGCUUCCCAGUGGCUGGAACUUCUUCAUCAAGACAUCAAAGGGCGCCUUGCAGCAUUGCGACGUAGUAGGAAGAGAGUUCGAGCUGUGAUUCAUACAGAAUUACCUUUCUUAAUGUUGAGAGAAUUCUCAUCUAAUCAAGAGAAUGAUCUGUAUGCCACAAAAAGUUCUGCAAAUGAAUUUUCUAGUAGUGCAACUGCCGAUGUGCAUCAAGCUAGAUGGAGUGCAUUAUUCGAUCAGAUGGAUAAAUCUUUGUCUGAAGAAGAGAAGCAAAUGGAGAAUUGGUUGAAACAAGUAAAAGAAAUGCAGCUGCACUGCGAACGGGGCCUUUUCCAGUACAAUGCAGCUUAUGGUUUGCAACAGCUGGGUGCAUUAGGAAAUGACUACAGGUAAGCUUUAAUAUUCUUAGAAGGAAACAAAUUGCUGUACUUCUCAGUUGUUAUGACAGAUAUAUCGAAUGUGAAAUUUAGUAUCAUGCUUAACAAUGCCAGUAUUCUAGAAAAAGAAGUACAACUCAUGAUUCUAAGUUAGGCUAAUAGCUCUUUCGUGUUUUUCAAAUGGCGAAGGCAGAGAAACGAGCAUAGAAAAUGAACCUCUACACUAGAGUGCAAUGGUUAUUCCUAUUUACUUAGUGUGACAUUUCAAGUCUUU